AUGACGACCCCGAUCUGUCGUUGCCGUGUUCUCUACUUAGGAUCCGCGGUAUCCCACAUUACCAAGGAUGGAUUACAAGGAUUACAAGAACCGCUACGGGUUCUCUACCCGGGUCGUGACACAUUCAACACUACAGGGAUCGAUUCUUGGUUGAGUGUUUGGAGUAAUGGAAUUCUUUUAGAAAACGUAGACAAAUACAUGCGCCAAAUGACUAGGUUUUUUCCAAUUGAGUCUUUAUAUUAUUGUGCGGCUAUACGAAACGUCGUCGUCCAGGAUAUUGGUGGAGAUAAAGUAGAAACGUUUUUGCCUCUAGAUAGUCUAUUUGUUCGACAAGCUAACUCUAAACAUCCUCCUCUGUUUGCUUGUAUCCUGCGUCGUACCACCAAAAUGACAGCUUUGGAGUGUCAUGCCUUCAUUUGCAAAAAGGAUGCUGCUGCUAAUGCAAUAGUCCGUUGUUGUUUUCAUGCUUAUACGGACAAUAUCCAAGCUCGACAGUUGGAAGAAAGUCCCCACCACCUGGAAACACGCCGGAGUCUCUCUAUAUCUGGAUUAGACACAUUCCAGCGAGUAGAAGAUUGGCGCUAUGAGACAAUCGAUAAAGGUUAUUUCUCAGUCCUCAAGUCUAGACCAGCUUCUAGAACGGGAAGAGAAAUGUGCAAAUUGUGGAUGGGGUCAGCCUCCUCACAACAGGAAGUGAUGUAUUCUGACAACACUGGCACAGUCAGCAGUGGCAAGUCGCUAGGGAAUAACCCCUUUCUAACACUCUCACCUAAUGUAGUUUCAAUACCAGGUAAAGAAAUUAAGAGUAAGGCUAUGAUAAAAAAAUUAUUCAAACCAAAGAAGAAAGAAGACUCAGAAUCAACAACUAUUGUAACAAAAGGUAUGUUACACGGACCUUCCCUUAUUACAGUGCCUUCAGGCACUAGCCAUUCUGAAUCGGGGUUAUAUACAGAAAGAAGAAGAAAGGAGAAGGAACAGAUCCCUAUACCCCCAACGAAAGACCCCACUUUCCUGUCAUCUGCUAGACCAAUCACACUCACUGCUUCUUACCAACCCGGAACCUUUCCGUAUGAGAGUUAUUUCUUACAGCACUAUGGUACAGCACCAAGACCACCUAAAGUUUUUCAGAAGAAGACUAAGGGUGGUAAGGAGAAGACUUUAUUAGAAUUACCUUUCAAUACUGGCAUCUAUCGUAAGAAAGGACACAUAAACGAGAGAGCAUUUUCCUUUUCCAUUUGUGAGGAGCAUCGCUCCAGGUCUAAUAGUUUAGCUAAUUUUCUUUCCUUCUUCGAAGGUUCUGGAGAUAGCAGUGAUUAUUGUGAUAAUACAUCAAUUUCCUACCAAACAAGGGAUAAAAGAUGUUUAAAAUUAUCUCAAAUGGUUAAAAGUCUGGAGCUAAAAGAGAAUUGA